AUGAAGGGUAAAGGUGAAAAGGGCGAAUGGUUAAGGGGUGUAGGUGAAAGAAAAAAGGUCAAAGAUGGAGAUAUAAUCGAUUGCGUUGAUAUUUACAAGCAACCGGCUUUUAACCACCCAGCUCUUAGAAAUCAUACAAUUCAGUUUUCAGUGGUGCUCACUGAAGGAUUCAGUUACUCAGGAGCCAAAGCCAACAUCAAAGUAUGGAACCCAUUCGUCGAGUCAAAUGAUGACUAUAGUUCUUCUGAAGUUAUGCUCAGGAACGGCCCUUUGCAAACAUUUGAUGCAAUACACGCUGGAUGGGCGGUAAACCCGGGAGUCUACAAUGACAAUAACACCCAUUUGUUUGGAUACUGGACGGCUGAUGGUAUGCAAAAUUCAGGCUGCUUUGAUCUUACUUGUCCUGGUUUUGUUCAAACAUCCGGUGAUAUCGCUCUAGGUGCAUAUAUUGGUGACUUAUAUGGAUCUGAAAUUACGGUUCAAAUCUCCAAGGAUCCAAAUACACAAAACUGGUGGUUCAAAUACAACGAUAAGGAGGUCGGGUACUGGCCCGGUGACCUUUUUCAAGUAUUGAGACAUCAAGCAGUCUUGGUCCAGUGGGGAGGUGAAGUCCACAGCCCAAAAGUGGGAACUCGACCGCAUACACAAACAGAAAUGGCGAGUGGAAAGUUUGCUGAUUUCGUAUUUGGGAGCUCGGGAACAAUCAAAGGGAUGUUAAUAGAAGAGAAUUCAAACGACCUAAAGGAACCCGAAACACUUUUCGUUAGCUCUGAUGAGUGGGACUGUUACGACGCCUAUCUACAGUCGGAGCGUUGGUCUGAACAAGUGUUCUUUUAUGGCGGUCCGGGUAGUCAUGAUAAUCCAAGGUGUUCAUGAUUUGGUAAUACUUGUUAGGUGUGUGGAUGAAAGUUUUUGAAUUCUAAUG